UCAGUUUAGCUUGCUGAUUCGCCUAAAAACAGUCGUCAAUUUGCGUUUCACGCGGUGCUCAUGUUUUCGCGGUCAAUUUUAUUAAUAAUUAAAAAUAUUUUGUUUUGCAAUGCAUAUUUCAUAAUUCAUCCAUCGUUCACACAUAGUCUAGUGUUUGACUUUUACGGACACAAUACGACGACGGCGUUAUGUAAGAAUAUUUUCGCACGAAACUCGUACAAAUAAAAAAAUUAAUAAAUUCCAUCGAAUAAAAGUGUAAUUUUCUAACGUGAGUUCAUCGCUGGCGUUGAAAGCGCGUAAUGGGGAAGUGUCGCAUGUGAAAGUAAGCAAAACUCAUAAAAAUCAAAACACAAUUUGGAAAAUCAAGGGCGGUGCGGUACACGAUUCCACGAAGUCGAAUGUGAAAAGGCGUCAUAAUCGUUGACAGGCAAUAACAACGCAAUAUCAAAAAAUAAAUAAAUAGAAACAAAAAAAAACAAAAAAAAAAUCAAAAAAAAAAUAAAACAAAAGCUAAAGCUAAACAAUGCAACAAGAAAGAAGUUUAUAAAGCGAUAAAAAAAAAAUUGAAAAAAAAAAAUAAAUUCAAAAUGAAUAUCAUCAAAUGGUUUCAAAACUUCAGUUUGCCAUUUACCUUAAGUGGAAGCUGUGAUAAUUUGGGUCUAGAGUAUUAUCUUCCUUAUUAUUCCACACAUCACCUGACCUGUUAUAAGCAUGAAGCACCUACAUGGAAGUAUCUCCAACAACUUCAGAUACAAUAUAUGCUGUUUAUGGAUAAGUUCUGGCCUAUAUUUAUGUUUACACUGCAACAAUGUCUCAGUGCCUACGAACUGUCUAGUGUUUUUUUCAUCAAAUAUAGUAACCUUAUUGCGGAAUAUAUUAAUAUAUUAUCUCAGGAUCAAAUAUUUGUUUGUGUAUUCAAAUUUUCAUUACUCUUACUCUUCCUAUUUAUUUUGCACUGGGCAGAAGUAGGAGAACUCGUUGAUGUUCUUAAUAUUGAUAACGCACAAAUUAUUAAUGAACUAAUCUGUGAUUUUGAACUAACAAUUAAAAGGGCUAGUAUUGUAACACCAGAUGCAGCCAAUGAAGCACUACUUGAAGUGGAGGAAAAGAAACGUCGAAAGCGGAUUACCAAAAAGAGAAAGUGCGUAUCAGCAGAUCCUGUUCUUAUAACUUUACCACGUCUUAAGAAAAAACCUAAAUCUAAAGUACAGGAUGUACAUUUCGCCGACUAUGAUGGACUUCCAUUAAAUGGUCCUGUACUAGUACCGAAUGAGUUAUUUUUACCAUUGCGUGUAGAACCGUUAACGUUUGAUAGAAAUAUUUCUCCAAUUGAAGCUGAUUUAGAAGAUACGGAAAGAUUGGAUAUAUCGUACAUGUGUGUUUCUGAACCACGUGGUACUCUUAGCACAACAGAUGAAAUUUUUCCCAAUUCUCCGGAUAGCAGCCUUUACGGCUCAGACGAGGAACAGGAAGAUCCUUCCCAAUAUUGUCGUGGCGGCUAUCAUCCGGUUGUUAUUGGGGACAUAUUUGACAAUCGCUUUCGUGUUGUGCGGAAAUUGGGUUGGGGUCAUUUUUCAACUGUGUGGCUUUGUAGGGACUUGAAAGAUGAGAAAUACGUGGCCUUAAAAGUUGUUAAAAGUGCACCACAUUACAUCGAAACCGCAGCUGAUGAAAUACGACUAUUAGAAGCUAUACGUGAUGCAGAUCCAUUGGAUGGAAAACGCGAACGUAUCGUUUCUUUACUAAAUCAUUUCACUGUGCGUGGUGUAAAUGGUAUUCAUACGUGUUUAGUGUUUGAAGCCUUGGGUUGCAGUCUUUAUAAACUAAUAGUUAAAAAUAAUUAUUUUGGUUUGUCUAUACCACAAGUACGUAAUAUUAUCAAACAAGUCUUGGAAGGUUUGGAUUACUUGCAUACCAAAUGUAGCAUUAUACAUACUGACAUAAAACCAGAGAAUAUAUUACUAGUUAUAGAUAAUGCAGCUGCAAUGAAUCAACAAAUUGAUGAUGAAAUUAAUAGUUUACGUGUGAAAGGUGCCGAUUUUCCUGACUCAUAUAUCAGCUCCAUCGAAAAACAAACGAAAUCUCGUGCUAAAUGGCCACUUAUCGAUACGAACACUUCAAGUACCAGCACAAAUACGGCAAAUAAUUCUACGUCCUCAACACCAUUACCACCACUCGUGGUUCCGAAUACUGCUAUGACCUCUUCUGAUGAGACUACAUCAAUUUUAAACACAAAUACACCAUCUUCGUUGGCGUCCAAAUAUUCUAGCCUUGUUGGCGAUAGCGAUGGUGGUGGUGGAAGCGGUGCGGAUAUAAUUGUUGGUAACUCAUCUUCAGGAAAUAUAAAUAAUCGUUAUCGUGCCGCCGAAAAGAAAAUCACUGCCAAGUCGGUUGACGACGAUGUCAAUGAAGCUAACGAAACUAAUGCCACUACCACCGAUGAAACAAACGGCACCGAAACAAAUUUAGUAACAAACAAAAACAACAACAAUGACAAUAACAACGAAAACAUAAACGAUAAACAAAACAACGAAGCUGUUAACAAAACAAAAAAUGCAGAAAAUUUACAAAAUCUCAAAAAGUUGCCCACUGAUUGUAUUGGUACAGAUAAAGAAUCAACUAAAGCUAAUGCCAUUCCGCAGACCCACUCCUAUACGAAUGCCAUACAGACGCUGAUCAACAAUACGAAUGUCCGCGUUAAAAUUGCCGAUUUGGGAAAUGCUUGCUAUGAUUACCACCAUUUUACUGAAGAUAUUCAAACGCGUCAGUAUCGUUCCAUCGAAGUAUUGCUUGGUGCACCUUAUAAUUUUACCGCCGAUAUUUGGAGUACAGCGUGUCUAGCAUUUGAACUGGCAACAGGAGACUAUCUUUUUGAUCCUCAUGCUGGUGAAACAUAUUCACGAGAUGAGGAUCAUUUGGCACACAUUAUAGAGCUUCUAGGACAAAUUCCGCCUUCAGUUAUAUUUCGAGGCAAACAUGGGCUUAAAUAUUUUAGUAGUUAUGGCAAUUUACGAAACAUAACCAAGUUGAAACCCUGGAAUCUAUUAAAUGUACUCAUUGAAAAAUAUGAGUGGGAUCCGAUUGAAGCGAAAAAGUUUUCGGACUUUUUGCUACCAAUGUUAGAGUACAAUCCAGUCAUACGUGCAUCUGCCGCUGAAUGUCUGAGUCAUCCAUGGUUAGAACAGGAGGAGUUCGUUUAAGAUUUGUUUUAGGUUCUUUAUUGUAUGCAGUUGUGAAGACAAAGCGUUUAAGACAAUUUUUGUUGUUGACAGGGUGCGAUAGACUUAAAUGAAAUAAUUAAUUGUGUAAGUUAAAUGUAGAAUUUUAAUUAUUAAUUACUUAAAAUUUGUACUUGUAGGCUUAGAUUAAAUUAAAAAAAAAUAUAUAUAAAUUAAUUUUAACAAAAUUAGCAAAAAGAUAUCACUAAUAUUUAUAUUAAUUGGUAGACAAAUAAAUUGGCGUUUAAAUAUCAGUAGCGUAAUUUAUAAUUUUUUAAUUGGUUUGUAAGCUUUAACAUUUUAUUUUGUGAAAAUAAUACAACCAAAAUCAACAUAUGCCUAUCUGACUGAUUUAUUUAUUUUGAAUAUAUUAAAUAUUAGAAUAAUUACAAAUACAAAAACAAAAAAAAACAAACAAAUUUGUUAAGGAAAAAAUCAUUUUACGAAAUUAUCGUACUUUUGCAAAAUCAAUUGGAA